CGGCCGAACCCUCCAGUUUCCGCCUCCUCUCGUCACACUCACGCCACAGUGCGACGCCAGUCUCCCCGUCUCCCGCGUCAGAAAAAGCCACCUCGCGACGCGCGACGCCUUUGGCUUUUGCCCCUUUUCCCCGCCUAAAACCACGCAGGGGCGCGCGGCGUCCGGCUCCUGGCACUGCUGCCUCUUGGGGGUUUCCCGCGCGACCCACGCGAGCAUGGCAUCAUCGGAGGCCGCGGCGUUCUGCGUCUCGGCGUCCGCGGGCAAGGGCGGCGCCGCCGCGGGGGCGCCGAGGCCGCACGGGCGCCUCGUGCUCCCGGCCGGGCGCGCGCGCGAGGCGCUGGCGUUCGCGGCGGGCGCCGUGGGGGCCGCGAUCCUGCUCCUGGCUUCCGCGUCCGUCCUCGCGCCCGCGCCCGUGCCCAACCUCGUCGCCUUCCCCUCCCCCGCCUCGUCCUUUUCCGCCGCCGCCGCCGCCGCGCGCGACGCCGUCGGCGUCGUCGGCGUGGGGAAGGGGCCUAGCACGUUCUACGACGACCCGGCGGUGUCCUACGCCGUCAACCGCCGCGUCACGGGUUGGGACGCCAAGCGCGCGGCGUGGCUGCGCUCGCGCGGGCUCGACGGCGCUGCGGUCGCGGGGCGCGUGGUGAUGGUAUCCGGGUCGCAGGCGGAGCCGUGCCGCGGCUCCGGCGGCGACCACCUCCUGCUCCGGUUCCUCAAGAACAAGCUCGACUACUGCCGGCUCCACGGGAUCGAGCUCCUCUACAACACGGCGCUGCUGGAGCCGUCCAUGGUGGCGUACUGGGCCAAGAUCCCGGCGGUCCGCGCAGCGAUGCUGGCCCACCCGGAGGCGGAGUGGGUCUGGUGGGUCGACGCCGACGCCGUGCUCACCGACAUGGAUUUCUCCCUCCCGCUUGACAAGUACAGCGGCCACAACCUCGUCGUCUACGGCUGGGAGAAGGAGGUGUACGAGGCGCGGUCGUGGGUGGGGCUCAACGCCGGUGUGUUCCUCAUCCGCAACUGCCAGUGGUCACUCGACCUCAUGGAGGCGUGGGCGCGGAUGGGUCCCGCCUCGCCGGAGUACACCGAGUGGGGGAAGACGCUGAGGGAGACACUCGCCGGCAAGGCCAACGACGAGUCCGACGACCAGUCGGCGCUCGUGUACCUGCUCCUCAAGCACCGGGACCGGUGGGGGAACCAGACCUACCUCGAGACGGGGUACUACUUCCAGGGAUACUGGGCCGAGAUCGUGGACCGGCUCGGUGGCGUGGCCGCGCGGUACGAGGCCGUCGAGCGGGGCCGCGGCGUCGCCCGCGACGCGGCGAGGGGGCUCCGGCGUCGGCACGCGGAGCGGGAGCACCUGCGGUACGCGGCGGCGAGGAACGCGGCGGUGAGGCGCGCCGGGGUCCCGGGGCCGGACGGUGGCGGGCAGUCCGGGUGGCGGCGGCCGUUCAUCACGCACUUCACGGGGUGCCAGCCCUGCGGCGGGAGACCCAACAUGAUGUACUCCCGCAAGCGGUGCGCCGACGGGAUCCGCCGCGCGCUGGGGUUCGCGGACGACCAGGUGCUCCGCGCGUACGGGUUCCGCCACGCGGGCCCGCUCAGCGACAGCGUGCGGCCGCUGCCGUUCGGCUACCCGGCCGCGCGGUGAUCGCUGACGCUCGACGGCGCGGCUCGUGACUCCUCAGCGGAAGGCGCUGGAGUUCGCUGCGACCGCGACAGGUGAUCAGGAGCGGCAAAGACAAGAUUAGAGUUCGCUGCAUAUGGAUAAGACAUCAAACUGCAAAAUGUGUUCGUAAAUGUCGACAGAUUUGGGCCUUGUUCCCAUCGGUUUGGACACUUCCGUUUGAUCGGUUUACCUCCCCUCCGCUUUACACCCGA